GAUCCCAAGUGAAUAAGUGCAAUUUAUUACCCAAAAAUGAAGGUGUUCGCGACGGUAUUUCUCUGCAUUCUGAUUGCCAAAGCUGCAAGGGCCCAAUAUGACCGAUGUGUGAACCCGAACCAGCGGGCCGGUCUUUGUGUGCACAUCAACGAGUGCCAGACCCUCUACUCGGUCUUGAAGCAGGCCAGCCUCUCGACGCUGGAGAAGCAGUUUCUCAAGGCCUCGGCUUGUGGGAUGGGUACUGACAACCGGCCUUUCGUCUGUUGCACCCAGGACACGGGCUACACAAGAAACAGGCGCCUCACACCUUCCUUUGCGGACUAUGACGGAUUUGGUGUGGACUGGAGGGAGGAGAGGCCGAACAAUUUCGCAUUUCCGAAUGAAGCACGCCGCUCCUGGAAUUUUGGCGGUAAUGGCCAACGAUUUGACAGUACUCCGGCUCAGACACAGCCGAGAGGACAGUCGAUAACCAGCGAUGGCUCCAGCCUCUUGCCGCAGCCCCCCACCUGCGGUGGUGUUGCCAUAAAGAACAGAAUCUACGACGGUGAGGACACCGAUCUCAACGAGUUUCCCUGGAUGGUGCUCAUGGAGUACCGCAGACGUAGCGGCAACGGCCUCUCCACCAGCUGCGCAGGAUCGCUAAUCAAUCAGCGGUACGUCUUGACAGCAGCCCAUUGCUUGACGGGACGCAUCGAAAGGGAGAUUGGACCACUCGCCUCGGUUCGUUUGGGCGAGCACGACACGCGCAGUGCGGUUGACUGUCCCAGCGGUGGAGGAGGUUGUUCUCCGGAGGCCCAGCGCCUGGGCUUCGAGGAGAUCCGAGUGCACGAGCUCUACAGCGAGAAGUCGCCCAACCAGAUCCACGACAUCGGCCUGGUACGCCUGGAGCGGAAUGUACGCUACUCGGACAGUAUUCGCCCCAUAUGCCUACCUGGAGUCGUGGGUCCGGAGUCGCGGCAGGGAGGUCAGGAGUUCACAGUGGCAGGCUGGGGACGUACCCUGAAGAUGGCCAGGAGUCCGGUGAAGCAGAAGGUGGUCGUGAACUAUGUGGAGCCGGCGCGGUGCCGGCAAAGGUUCGCCCAGAUUAAGAUUAAUGUGGAGCCGACCCAGAUGUGUGCAGGCGGACGUUUUAGGCAAGACAGCUGCGACGGUGACUCCGGUGGCCCAUUGAUGCGGUUCCGCGAUAAUGCCUGGGUCCUUGAGGGCAUCGUCUCCUUCGGUUAUAAGUGCGGCCUCAAGGAUUGGCCGGGAGUCUAUACGAGUGUGACUGCCUACGACAUUUGGAUCAGACAGAAUGUGAGGGCUUAGAGCCCCUACUGGAUAGGGUAUCUAGCAGAUGCUAGCAUAAGUUCAAAGCUCAAAAUGUGAUCUUAUUUUGUCUAAGAUUAAUGUAGAACCUAACUUAGAUUAUCCGAGUAUAUUUAAACUAUAAUCAAAUAAUAUAAACCCUGAGUUAAAAGCG